AUGGUUCUAAUACUGGUAUUCUCUAUUAUUGCCAUUGGUGUUUCUUCAUUGGCCCUCUUCCGGCUAGUGCCUACACGGCUCGCAAGAAAAUCCCUUGAGCCUCACCAUGUUGUGUCAGUUCAGAUCGUGGUUCUAGGGGAUAUCGGGCAUAGCCCACGGAUGCAGUGCCAUGCGCUCAGCAUCGCACGGCAUGGUGGUCGUGUCUCUCUUAUAGGAUACCACAAUUCUACCCCAAAUCAAGAGCUGUUGGAUCAUCCUCUUAUAUCAAUUGUGGCACUGCCAUCCCCGCCAGCACUUUUACAGACCAAGAAAAAAGCCUUGUUUCCUAUUGCUGCAAUAUUUAAAGUCUUGCAGCAAACAUGGCACCUCUGGGUUGCGUUAGGGUACCGUGCAGAGCCUGCUCAUUGGAUACUAGUACAGAAUCCGCCAGCAACGCCAACUCUCGUCUUCGCGAUACUUGCCUGCUACCUCCGGAAUAGUUGUCUUAUCAUUGAUUGGCAUAAUUUCGGGUAUUCCAUCCUGGCAUUGAAACUUGGAUCUGCCCAUCCUAUGGUCAGACUUAUGGCGUGGUACGAGCACGUUUUCUCUCGUUAUGCUACCGCCCAUUUUUGCGUCAGCAAUGCCAUGGCGCGGAUUUUGCGGGAGCAAUGGAAGAUUAAAAACCCCCUUAUGGUGCUUUACGAUCGGCCUUCCUCGGUCUUCAGCCCGAUCCUCGAUCAGAGGCAGCGUCUUGCAGUUUUGUCUUCGAUCCCUGAGACUAGCCAAGAUGCCAUGGAGAUUAUCCAGGGUCGGUGUCGCCUCCUCAUCAGCUCAACGUCUUGGACGCCAGACGAAGAUUUCUCCCUUCUACUCGAUGCUCUUUGCCAAUACUCUGCGUCGGCUGAGUUUGCCGUUCCCGCUUUGGCCUCCCUUCUUGUUAUCAUCACCGGGAAAGGGCCUUUAAAGGAUAUGUAUCUCUCCCAGAUUGACAAGUUAAAGGCAGAUGGAAAACUCUUCAGUGUAUCCAUAAAAACAGCUUGGCUCGCUUUUGAAGAUUAUGCACGGCUGCUUGCAUGUGGCACGUUGGGAGUUUGCCUACAUACAAGUAGCAGUGGUGUUGACCUACCAAUGAAGGUUGUUGACAUGUUUGGCGCCGGCCUCCCGGUUGUUGGCUGGGACCAGUACGAAGCCUGGUCCGAACUUGUUACUGAGGGAGCAUCUGGGCUGGGAUUUGAUAGCGCUGAUAGCCUCUCAAGGCUUCUCAAAAAUCUACUCGGCCAUGAUGAAAGUGCUCUAAAAACCCUGCGAGAGGGUGCGAUCAGAGAGAGUAAGAACCGCUGGGAUCAGACAUGGGAUCCCGUCGCCGGGGCAUUCCUUGGCCUGAUCUCCUAG